AUGGCUCCAUUCAAAGUCCUUAUCGUGGGGGGCAGCGUAUCGGGCCUCUCCCUGGCCAAUAUGCUCGAACAACAUGCGAUCGACUAUGAGUUACUCGAAUCAUCGCCGAUUAUAGGUCCAGACCUAGGUUUUGUUUUGGCGAUGCAGCCCAACGGCAUGCGGAUAUUAGAUCAGCUAGGCUGUUACGAUGCAGUGAUGGAACGUGCCGUCGAGGUUGAGUCCUUGCGCGGCUGCGGUCCAACUGGGAAUGUGCUCCUUGAUCUUGAGAAUCACGGAAAUGAUCAAAUGGCGAGGCUAGGAUAUCGUCUCACCUCGAUCGCGCGUAGCGAUCUCAUCCGUUCCUUGUAUGGCAAUCUGAACGAUAAAUCAAAGAUUUAUCCGAACAAACGUGUAACAAGAGUCGAGCCGACGGAAUCUGGGGUGAGUGUACUUACUGAAGAUGGUUCUGUCUGGACUGGAAGCAUUGUCGUGGGUGCGGAUGGGGUCCGCAGCAUGGUCAGACGAGAGAUGUGGCGGAUCGCACAAGAACAGAAAUCAGAUCUUCUGGGCGAAGAAGAUGGAAAAUCUAUAUCCAGCACCUACAGCUGCGUAUUUGGCGUCUCUCCAGACAUCCGGCGCGUGCGUCAGAAUACUUUCUACAUAACGGUCAACUCCGGCCGCUCAUAUCUUGUGGCUCCAGGUCUGAACGGAACCUCUUAUUGGGUCCUCUUUGUGCCAAAUGAUAAGCCCAUACCCGGACCAGACGGCCGACGGUACACGGUAGAAGAUGAGCAGAAGCUAGUAAAGACAUAUUUUAACGACCAAGUCGCUGAAGGAGUGACGCUCGGAGAUUUCUACAAACGCAAGACGCGUUCCAUCAUGCUAACGCUUGAGGAGGGUGUGUUGAAACAGUGGUUUGGUGGACGAAUCGUUCUUUUGGGAGAUACUGCUCACAAAAUGCAUCCGGUGGCCGGCGUUGGCGGGAGUCAUGCAAUUGAGAGCGCCGUUGCGCUAACAAAUAUCCUUGCGGAAACUUUGCAAGAAGAACCUAGUCCCAGCGAUGCAUCUAUCAGUGAAGCCUUCCAGCAAUUUCAAAACGGUCGUAGAGACCGAGCUGAAGAGAGUUAUAAUGAAGCACGCCAAAUGCAACAAAUGCAUAUCCUUGAAAACAGGGUGCUUCGAUUUAUUCAACUAGUGGUCUCCCCAAGACUCUCCGCCGAAUUUAUAAUGGAUCAGGUAGCCUCACAUUUCAGUCCCGCGCCGCGAUUGAAGGCUCUUCCGGUACCCAUGAGACAGAAAAGAUGGGGAUAUGAUGACGAAGUACGAUUGAAGCCACUUCAACGCGCACCUGGUCAAACGCUGCUGUUCAUAUUCUUACUUGCUUGCGCCAUGAUCGUCUCCUGGAUUGUUUCGCCAUUGGAUACGGUAUCGAACACAUCGUCGGUGGGUCCUCUAUUGCAUGAAGAUACACAGGUCCGUUCUAGAGUCUUGAGACUGGCUCUCACAGUAGUAUGGACCAUUGAAUCGUAUCGGGUGGGUGCGGUGAUGACUCCCCUUAUCAGUGCUAUUCUAUGGACAGUCAUGGCUCAUCUGUUUGGCUAUGAGGUCAUUGGAGCGCUGUACAUGUCAGUCUAUGCGUUCAUCAGCCAGAAACGAUCGUUCUAUUACCCGAUCCCGAGAGCGAUCUCAAUACUAACAGCCCGGGCAUGCUUCUGGACGCUUGUACUGGCUGCCAUAAUUCCGCCAACGGUUUUGUUGUCUCGGUUACUCGAUGGCAAAAUCUCUCUCGGUGACACGGCUUAUGUUUGGGAGACGGCACUGUUAUGCUAUCCGGCAAUGGUCUUUGGGGUUUCAAAGCUCGCACCUCCGUCAUCAUCUCAACCUGAAGAUUCUACGGAAAAGACAAGGACCGAUAUUGAAUAUAUCUCGUGGACUCUGUUACUACUGGCCUUUCUUUCCGGUGCUGUAUCUCUGUUUCACGCCCUCGCGAUCAUCCGUGGUGACAGCAUUACUCCUUCGGAUAUCUUUGGCCUUUUCACACCACAUGAUCCUUUGGCGCCUUGUAUUUUCAUCUGGUGUGCCUUCACUAUUUGGGACCUUCAAAGAGUCCAAGCUCCUGGAAUUCGGAUGCUUAAGAACUACCUCUUCCUUCUCGUUAUUGGUGCCGUGUUAGGGUCUUCUGCGGUUCUGCCCUUAACCUGGCUGCUUAGGGAGUAUGCGCUGGAGCGAGGAAGAAAGAGAAGGGAGCUGUUAUAA